AAUGUCAAACAAAUUGUCAAAGAAUCUUUAAUCUUUCAAUUUUUCAGUUUCUUUCUAUGUUUCAGGAAGAAUCGUAAUUUUUCAUGAAUCCCGAAAACUUAAGAAUCUUUCAAUCCUUAUUUUGUUAAUAAUUUACUCAUUGAGAGCGAUAAGUGUGUAGAAAUCAAGUUAUAUUACUGCAAGGAAAUCUAUUAAAUAACUGCGCUGUUUUAUUUUGUGGACCAUAUAAAUGGCUGACGAAGAGAAUGAUAACACUUGGUUAAUAGAAUUGGAGUCUGCACUUUUAGAUGGUAGCAAUGCACAAGAAAUAAAUGCUCUCACUAAAGGCAAGAAAAUUCCAGAGAGCCUACGUCCAGAUGUAUGGCUUCUUUGCCUCAGUUGUCAAGAGAAGGGCAACCAAUUGCUCUCCUUUGAUGAAGUAUUUGAUUUGCCAAAUCAAACUGAAUUGAGAGAUGAUGUAAAGAAAUUUGUGAAAACUCUGGGCAAUGAGGAUGAAGAAAAGCUUUCUGUGGUCUCUGAUAUAGAGUCAAUUAUUACAUAUUAUUGUAAAUCAAAGGCACUCUGCUACAAUCAUAAUAAUGGAUGGAUCGAAAUCUUACUUCCAUUGCUUAGUUUAAAAUUGCCGAAGUCUGAUACCUAUAAUCUGUUUGAAAGAAUAAUUCAGCUUUAUGUACCAAAGGGGUGUUCCAAAAAUGGUGUGCCAUUCCAUAUUCUGCGGCUGUUAUUGCAGUAUCAUGACCCUGAGUUGUGCUCAUUCUUAGACACAAAGAGAAUUACACCUGAACAGUACUGCAUGCCAUGGUUGAGAUCUUUAUUUGCGGGCACAUGUAAUUUAGAAGUGGUCUUAUUCAUGUGGGAUUUAUAUUUUCAAAGAUCAGAUCCAUUCUUCAUAUUCUUUCUUUGCCUCAUAAUGAUAAUUAAUGCAAGAGAACAAUUGCUUCAUAUGAAAAAUGAGGAUAAGGAAGACAUAAUAAAGUCAUUGAGUAGCAUGCCAGGAGACUUGGAGGCCAAUGAUGUUUCUGAUUUUUGUUCCUUAGCACAUUAUUAUUCUUUAAAAACACCACUUUCCUUUAGAGAAGAUGUUUUGGAGGUGUUGUUUUCUGAGAGUGGCCUUGAAAUUAAUUCAAAACUGUAUUCUCAAGCUUUGUGUCUUCCUGUUGCUGUACAUGAACUGAUUGAGAGUGCCACUGUAGAUGCUACAGAUGUGGAUAGUGUUAAAUUCUUCUUGGUAGACUGUCGCCCGGCUGAGCAAUAUAAUUCCGGUCAUUUAUCCACAGCAUUUCACCUGGAUUGCAACUUAAUGCUACAGGAGCCCAAUGCGUUUAACACUGCUGUCCAGGGCCUGCUGAAUGCACAACGACAGGCUCUGGCUGCGGGAUCACUAGCAGCCGGGGAACAUCUUUGCUUUGUUGGAUCUGGUAGAACAGAAGAGGAUAGUUAUGCUCAUAUGGUUGUAGCUUCGUUUCUAAAACGAAACACCAAACAUGUCUCUAUGUUGGAUGGUGGGUUUGUGGCUAUACAUGACUACUUUGGUCCCCAUAUGACAGACUGUUUAGAAGAACACAAUCCAUCCACAUGCUUAGUUUGUGCUCCAACUAACAACAACAUUGGUUCACAGCAACCAGAAAAUAGAUCUAGAGAAAACAUACCAACAAUACAACUAUUUAGUAAACUAUCUUCAGCUAUGAAAGCAAAGAGUCAAGAAGUAAAAGGAAAGUUAAUAGAGUAUAUUGUGAACCCGAAUUCCAAUACUAAUAGCAAUGAAUGGCAUGUAUCUGCCAGUGACAGAAAACAACAGAGAUAUAGAAAUGUGCCACCGGUAUUUAGUAUCAAUGAUGAGGAUGAGGAGCUGCGUUCAGACAUCAAGAGGGAUGGGAUCGAUUCCGAUUCUUUAGAGGAAAUUGUAGAGGUCACCAAUUUUUUGAAACAGCAAAAAGUUGUUGACAAUUUUCCAUGUCAAGAGGUUUUGGUCAAUGGGUAUAUGCAUGAUUCUUACUUAGUUGUAACACAGACACAUCUUAUAGUGUUACGUGACAUUCCAAAUAAAAGGGGCAUAGCACGUGUCAUGUCUCGGAGGCCCCUGUCCACCAUAGUUAAAAUCACUGCCAAAAAGAGACAUCCAGAAUUGAUAACAUUUAAGUACGGCAUUCCAGAUGGAGAUAGUUUAUUGAUAAAAGAUAUGGAUAGAUUUCUUAUUCCUAAUGCCUCUGUGGCUACUAAAGUAGUUUCGAAUCAAAUAGUACAGCAGCUAGACAGUAAAAUGGAGUAGCUAAGAUAUAUAUUCGUUGUUAUAGAUUUUAUUGAAAGAUUUAUUGACUUAUUUAUAAUCCCUGUAACAAGAAAAAUAUUUAUGUUAUUUAGGAUAUAUUUACGAAUUUGAAUGUGCACAGAGUGGCUUUUUAAGUCAUUUUUUCACAAUACAUACAUUUUCGAAAUUCCAAACUAAGUCCCAUUAGUCCAUUUGUUCAUGAGGAAGAAAAUAAAAUAGUAUAUAUUUUGCUUUUAGGAUAUCUAAAUUUCAUCAUGCCAACCUGUUGUGAAAAUUGGCUGAUGUUUAAAAAACCACCUUGGGUACUUUGGUAAUAUAGUAUUAUUAUUAUAUUUAUAAGUAUUAUAAUAAUGUCAUUCAAUUAAGUGAUACUUAAUAUCACUGAGAGCGUCCAAAUGCUAUCUAACUUUGUAAUCUGCUUAUUUGAUGCAAUCUUGUCAAUCUUGCUAGUAUUUAGAGCUUAAUAAACGAUACCUAAAUAUUAUUAGUACCUACUUAUGUCAACAAUCUCUGGUUUUGCUUUGUUUUUUUUACUGAGUUUAUGGAACUUGUUACACCAAAUUUUUACACGAAAUAUUGAAAUCACGGUUGUACACCGUUUAUAUGUUGAAUAUACACUUUAAUAAAUGGAAUAUGUACGAUUUAAAUUAUGUACCUGAUCUCUUCGUCAGAUUUGAUAAUAUCGCCGGCGAAGUAUCUCCUUAUCGGAAUUAUUCGAGAAAUUCAUUAAAGCAUUGAAAUUCAAAGUGGAUUUCUCAAAAAAUAUACAGGAUGUGUCUGCUUUUUGCUGUUGAUAUUUUUUUAAAUAUAUCAAUUUGUUUAAAUAUAUCAAUAUUAGACGAUUUACAUUUUUGAAAUUAAGUGUUGCUAUUUCAACACACGCUAACUUGAUAACUCAAAACUUGUUAACUGCUAUUUGAUCACUCGUGAUAAGAUAUGAGUCACAGUAUUAUUUCCAGGCUCGCUUAGAGACAUGGCUGUGUUAUGGAAUUAUUGGGUAUGGCCUUGCUAGGUAUAACACAUUUUGCAUUUCUAUUGCAGUUGUAUUUCUGUUAGCUACCUCGUCUUUUUAUCUUACUAUCUAUUCAAACUGCGAACUCUCAUUAUAUCCCCAUUCAGGCUGUUAUACUAAAGGCUGGCCUGAGGUCAGGCCCGUGGCCAGGCAUUGGGUGAAUCACCAGAAUGUGUCAUUCAUUAUUUAAUAGAAAUCACAACAAUAUCCACGACUUUCUCGACAAUGUUAAACGUUUAGUCGUACCGGUAAAUAUCUAGUUGCAAACGCAAUGCAUAAAUCGGGUCCCACCAGUCGCCACAUCUUUCUGAGGGUUUCAUACUUAAUCAACUAUAUCGUGUACUUGGGCGUCCGCUGACUUGCGUUGGACGUAGUCAUUCACAUUUGUCAUUUGUCUUAUCUGACACACUUUAUUGUCAUUGCGGAGAGGAUAUUUUUUUACUUUUCGAUAAUGGAAAUAUAUUCGAUUUUAAAUCAAGUGUCUUCACCCCUUCAACCAGCCCCGCGCCGGGUUGGGGGCAUGCCUGUGCACUAUACAUACAUUUGUUACAUUUUGAUUACGCGCAAGGCACUAAACGCGCUUAAAUACGUUAUAUAUUAAUUUGUUAUUUUGUACUUUAAAAGGAAAUUAUUAUUUUAAUAUAAAAAGUAUCCUACAUUCCAGAAGUUGAUAACACUGCAUGUAUCGCCACGUCAAAUUACCCUACAUGAAUUUGUCAUUACAAUUAGUAUGUACCUUACUUAAAUAAAAAAUAACGAAGUUCUCGA